AGGGGGUUUGUCUUUAAGGGUUGGAGGCUGAGCAGGGGGUUUCUCUUUAAGGGUUGGAGGCUGAGCAGGGGGUUUCUCUUGAAGGGUUGGAGGCUGAGCAGGGGGUUUCUCUUGAAGGGUUGGAGGCUGAGCAGGGGGUUUCUCUUGAAGGGUUGGAGGCUGAGCAGGGGGUUUCUCUUGAAGGGUUGGAGGCUGAGCACAGGGUUUCUCUUUAAGGGUUGGAGGCUGAGCACAGGGUUUCUCUUUAAGGGUUGGAGGCUGAGCAGGGGGUUUCUCUUUAAGGGUUGGAGGCUGAGCAGGGGGUUUGUCUUUAAGGGUUGGAGGCUGAGCGCGGGGUUUCUCUUUAAGGGUUGGAGGCUGAGCACAGGGUUUGUCUUUAAGGGUUGGAGGCUGAGCAGGGGGUUUCUCUUGAAGGGUUGGAGGCUGAGCAGGGGGUUUCUCUUGAAGGGUUGGAGGCUGAGCAGGGGGUUUCUCUUGAAGGGUUGGAGGCUGAGCAGGGGGUUUCUCUUUAAGGGUUGGAGGCUGAGCACAGGGUUUCUCUUUAAGGGUUGGCCCUAUUUUUCACUAAAGCUGUGGGGAGUCCUGGCACCAUCCUCACUUUAAUAUGCUGAAGUGGUUUUGCUUUAUAACCACUUACAAUUCAUUAAUGGAUGGUGUCGUGUAUUGCUUCCAUUUGUCCUGUAUUAAGUGUGAUCUCUCUCGUUGCAGUCUGUAAGAGCUGCAUUGUGAAAUAUCUGCAGACCAGCAAGUACUGCCCACUCUGUAACAUCAAGAUCCAUGAGACCCAACCCCUUCUGAACCUCAAACUGGACCGGGUCAUGCAGGACAUCGUCUAUAAACUGGUACCAGGACUGCAGGAAAGUGAGUAUGUCUAUCAUCGCCUCGCUAAAUGACGAGGAACGUUUGACACUGACAGUUUCUUAUGAUUAGACAAUGUGGGGGUGUUAGUGCGAGGGGGUGCGGCUGUGUUAGGUUGUAGUGCUGGGCUGGCCUCCUGAUUGGAUGAUUAGACAAUGUGGGAGGUGUUAGUGCGAGGGGGUGCGGCUGUGUUAGGUUGUAGUGCUGGGCUGGCCUCCUGAUUGGAUGAUUAGACAAUGUGGGAGGUGUUAGUGCGAGGGGGUGCGGCUGUGUUAGGUUGUAGUGCUGGGCUGGCCUCCUGAUUGGAUGAUUAGACAAUGUGGGAGGUGUUAGUGCGAGGGGGUGCGGCUGUGUUAGGUUGCAGUGCUGGGCUGGCCUCCUGAUUGGAUGAUUAGACAAUGUGGGAGGUGUUAGUGCGAGGGGGUGCGGCUGUGUUAGGUUGUAGUGCUGGGCUGGCCUCCUGAUUGGAUGAUUAGACAAUGUGGGGGUGUUAGUGCGAGGGGGUGCGGCUGUGUUAGGUUGUAGUGCUGGGCUGGCCUCCUGAUUGGAUGAUUAGACAAUGUGGGAGGAUUGGCCUCCUGAUUGGAUGAUUAGACAGCGGCUGUGUUAGGUUGUAGGGCUGGCCUCCUGAUUGGAUGAUUAGACAAUGUGGGAGGUGUUAGUGCGAGGGGGUGCGGCUGUGUUAGGUUGUAGUGCUGGGCUGGCCUCCUGAUUGGAUGAUUAGACAAUGUGGGAGGUGUUAGUGCGAGGGGGUGCGGCUGUGUUAGGUUGUAGUGCUGGGCUGGCCUCCUGAUUGGAUGAUUAGACAAUGUGGGAGAUGUUAGUGCGAGGGGGUGCGGCUGUGUUAGGUUGCAGUGCUGGGCUGGCCUCCUGAUUGGAUGAUUAGACAAUGUGGGAGGUUUUAGUGCGAGGGGGUGCGGCUGUGUUAGGUUGUAGUGCUGGGCUGGCCUCCUGAUUGGAUGAUUAGACAAUGUGGGAGGUGUUAGUGCGAGGGGGUGCGGCUGUGUUAGGUUGUAGUGCUGGGCUGGCCUCCUGAUUGGAUGAUUAGACAAUGUGGGAGGUGUUAGUGCGAGGAGGUGCGGCUGUGUUAGGAUGUAGUGCUGGGCUGGCCUCCUGAUUGGAUGAUUAGACAAUGUGGGAGGUGUUAGUGAGAGGGGGCGGCUGUGUUAGGAUGUAGUGCGGCUGUGUUAGGAUGUAGUGCUGGGCUGGCCUCCUGAUUGGAUGAUUAGACAAUGUGGGGGUGUUAGUGCGAGGGGGUGCGGCUGUGUUAGGUUGUAGUGCUGGGCUGGCCUCCUGAUUGGAUGAUUAUAGAAUGUGGGAGGUUUUAGUGCGAGGAGGUGCGGCUGUGUUAGGUUGUAGUGCUGGGCUGGCCUCCUGAUUGGAUGAUUAGACAAUGUGGGAGGUGUUAGUGAGAGGGGGUGCGGCUGUGUUAGGAUGUAGUGCUGGGCUGGCCUCCUGAUUGGAUGAUUAGACAAUGUGGGGGUGUUAGUGCGAGGGGGUGCGGCUGUGUUAGGUUGUAGUGCUGGGCUGGCCUCCUGAUUGGAUGAUUAGACAAUGUGGGAGGUGUUAGUGCGAGGGGGUGCGGCUGUGUUAGGUUGUAGUGCUGGGCUGGCCUCCUGAUUGGAUGAUUAGACAAUGUGGGAGGUGUUAGUGCGAGGGGGUGCGGCUGUGUUAGGAUGUAGUGCUAGGCUGGCCUCCUGAUUGGAUGAUUAUACAAUGUGGGGGUGUUAGUACAUAGAGCGAAGGGUUGUGUUAGGAUGUAGUGCUGGGCUGGCGUCCUGAUUGGAUAUGUAGAUAAUGCAUGGUGUUCUUUCUUUGUUAGAUGAGGAGAAUCGGAUCAGAGACUUUUAUCACUCCCGUGGCUUGGAGCGAGUACUCCAGCCAAGCGCAGUGGAAGGUAAGUUCUAGAAUGUCUCUCCUUAUUGCUAUUUGUUUGUAGCUCAGUGUUCUGUGAGCCAUGGCUGUCCUCCAUGAACCAUGGAUGACUAACUAACUGCCUGAUAUCUUCCACAGAUCCCGUCGGUGAGGUUUCCCGACACUCCCUCUCGCUGUCAGUGUCCCAGAACACGGCACAUUAUUACAGAAACGACGAACAAGUCUGUCUCUGUUUAGAAAAAGUCAGGUGAGGAUCGAUGCCUGUCAGCUCUGAUUAACGACGUUUCACAUGUAACAAUGUCUGCGGAAUGGUUUCAUGGUUUGGGGGUACAGACAGUACACGGCAAUGGGGUGUAUUGUAUGGUUUGGGGGUACAGACAGUACACAGUGAUGGGGUGUAGCACUCAGUAUGGUUUGGGGGUACAGGCAGUACACGGUGAUGGGGUGUAGCACUCUAUGGUUUGGGGGUACAGGCAGUACACGGUGAUGGGGUGUAGCACUCUAUGGUUUGGGGGGUACAGGCAGUACACGGUGAUGGGGUGUAGCACUCUGUAUGGUUUGGGGGUACAGGCAGUACACGGUGGUGGGGUGUAGUACUCGAUGGUUUAGGGUACAGGCAGUACACUGUAAUGGGGUGCAGCACUCAGUAUGGUUUGGGGGUACAGGCAGUACACUGUAAUGGGGUGUAGCACUCUAUGGUUUGGGGUUACAGGCAGUACACAGUGAUGGGGUGUAGCACUCUAUGGUUUUGGGGUACAGGCAGUACACGGUGAUGGGGUGUAGCACUCUAUGGUUUGGGGGUACAGGCAGUACACGGUGAUGGGGUGUAGCACUCUAUGGUUUGGGGUACAGGCAGUACACGGUGAUGGGGUGUAGCACUCUAUGGUUUGGGGGUACAGGCAGUACACGGUGAUGGGGUGUAGCACUCUAAGGUUUGGGGUACUGACAAGUGAUGAUUACAUAUAGCAGUGUAUGUUUAAGAAUUUCAGGUUAGAACUGUCUGGCUUACAUGACAUUUUGUGUGAGCUGUGCAGUCAUGGGGUGCAUGGCAAUGGCUAAUCCUUUGCUCUCUGUCACUUGCAGUUCUGGUAAAGACAAGAAGAAGUUUCUCCUACAGGUAACCCUGAGUUUAGCGUUUAGCUCAUCCCCCGCUGCCCUCCUGUGCGUGCCCAUGAUAAAUAAAGUCUCCUUCACUCCUGUUUUACAGCAGAAAUAUGUGAGAUGUUCUGCACGUUCGGAAGUUCGCCACCUGCGCAGAGUGCUCUGCCACCGACUUAGUGUUCCCCCUCCACACGUAAGUAAAUUUCUUCUGUAACGGAGUGCAUGACUGGCCCCCUAUUCCUUUAGAUUUACACGCACUGUCUUCACUAGGUCCAGCUUCUGUUUGACAAUGAGACUCUGCCGGACAAUAUGACCAUGAAGCAGUUGUGGCUAACGCGUUGGUAUGGGAAGGUGAGUGUAUAGUUUAAGGGAACGUCGGUACUGUCCCUUGUCUUUGGGGGGCAUUCAUUGGAUCUUUAUCAGACCAUAGACAGAUAAUGGGACUUCCACAUAUAUUAGAAGUUAGACCUUUUUAAAGUUUGCAUCUUGAUGUACCCUGGUGGGUGGCUUGCCACCUAAUCUCGAAGCCAGAACUCCGUCCAAGAUUUGGGCAUUUGCUAAUUCUCUUCCAAUGGGUAUAUGGACAAACCUUGUCUAGUGUUCCUGGGGGAACCAUUUGGCUGGUGGUGGGAUUGGUGUUGGCUAUAGUUUGUUUGGUUUUCAUUUAAUUUUUUUUCUGUCUUCCAGCCGGCUCCGCUGGUCUUAUCAUAUAGCGUGAAGGAGAAGAGGAGGUGACCGCCACAUUGUAUGAAAACUGUAUAUAAAUGAAAUGAGUGUCCUAUAUAUAGUAACACACCCCGACCAGGCUGGUACAGUUUACAGGGGUGUUUAGGAUUGAUUCCAGCAUGGUCCGCGUCUGUGGAUCUGACGCAAGAGUUCUUAGGUAAAGACUGACUGCAGUGCCUUACGUCUCCGUGAUGGGCGACGCCUGCUUUCUAUGGAUUCGUUUUCAUUUGAAAAACAAUUUUGCCCCUUUUUAUUAAAAGGAAAAAAAAAAUUUCUGGUAGUGUCAAGUUGGUGGGAGUGCAAUGUUUGUCUAUAUCUCAAGCUUUGGCGGGCUGUGGUUUUGGUGAAUAAAAAGGUAUAAAUUUCUGAUUUUUGGAAGGCUAGUUCAGCAUAUUGAGAGCAGAUCAUUAAGAUAAGCUAUUCACGGGGAUUCCAGUAUUUUGAAGCAAAUCUAAUAUAUUGCUCAGCAUAUCUAUAAGAAUUGAAUUUAAACAAUUGUUAAAGGGUUUCUCCAACCCUUAUUACUAAUAAGGUUUGUCAUUUGCCCCAUCUAGGUUCCACACUUUAAAACUUCACUAUUUAUAGUUGUAACUGUAAUGUAGCUCCAUUCAAAGUUUGGGGUGCUGAUCUCCUCCAGCCAAUGUCACGGCAGCCCCUCCAAUCAGUCCUGCAAAGCUGGAAAAAAAGACAUGUUUCCAUCAAGUCCAGCCUUUCUUACAUAAUUUUUGUUGAUGAUUGAAAAGAAGGCAAAAAAAAGUUUGAAGCGCUUUACAUUUUUGCAACAAACUAGAAAAACAGAUGUUUCAAAAUUAUAUCAUUGAAUAUUCUGUUUUUUGCAAGUAUGCAUCUAGUUGCUGUUUAAACAUCUGUAUGGACUCUGAUAAAACCACUUCUUCAGGCAGAGAAUGUCACAUCCUUUGCCUUAGACUAAAUCUCCUUUCUUCCAGUCUAAAGGCAUGUCCUAUAACAAUUCCCAAAUCCUUCUCAUGUGUAAGUUCCUUGUGCAUUCUUGACCCCGAAGUGCAUAACUUUGCAUUUUUUCUACAUUAAAUUUCAUCUGCCAUUUUAGUGCCCAGUCCCCGUCUAUCCAAAUCCCUCUGCAGCCAAGCAAUAUCCUGCUCACAUUUUAUUACUUUACAAAGUUUUGUCACCUGCAAACACUGAAACAUGAC